AUGAUAAUACGUAACGUUACUUCGCCACAUAAAACACUCCCACAAGAUGUGGUUAAAAAUUAUUCCCAACAAAUUACACCCCUCCAAGAGAAGUGAACUCGUCCACCGUAGGUCAAAGUGCGCAAGUGACAACAUGGCGGAUUUAGACCAAAAACUUUCUUGUGGAAAGAGAAAACAAAGCUAGGAUGUGAGAAAGAACAAGUCAUGACAACCCUCCUGCUGGCCUACUGCUUCCCGUGUUCAGGGAACUUAAUAACUGCAGAGAGAAUCAGGACGUCUUUAGAAAGCGGUGGGCACAGGUGUAUCAGGAAGUGUACCAGCGACUUUGAUGGCUGCAAAGAAUUCUGGGAAUUCAUCACCGACAAUGGCAUCAGGUGCAUUAUGGGAAUCAACGCCUGCAGGACAGGACUUCUUCUCAGGGACUGCCCAGUACCAUUUGGACUGGUAUUUGGAGGGACAGAUCUGAAUGAAAGUCCAGCAAUUCCAGACAGUAUGGACCUCAUGACAGCUACUGUCAACCAAGCCAGAUUUCUGGUGUGUUUCUCAAAAGAGCUUAAACAACAAGCCUUAAGACUCUGGCCCCAUGUUCUUGACAAGAUCCACAUACAGCCACAAGGUGUUUGUACAUAUGCUUCUACGCCAUCUCACCGCAGUGACAUCUUAACUGCUUACAGAACUGCUGAGUUUGGUUCAUGUGCAUGUGGUUGUACAGAUAAUUUGGAUGACUCCACAAAAGUUUUCCUCCUUGUAUGUGGACUUAGACCAGUGAAGGACCCACUAUACCUGCUGCAGGCAUUUUCUGAAUGGCAUAGAAAUGACAGCAGGGUUCUUCUUAUUAUUGUGGGACCAGAGAUGAAUGAGGACUAUGCAAGAAAAGUAAAAGGUGAAAUCUGCAGAUGUCCAGGCAUCCUCCUGCUGCCCCCCCUCCCCCAGACUGACCUCCACACACUCAUGCUGCACUCCUGUGCUGUGGUCAACUCCUCAGUCAGCGAGGGGAUGUCAACAGCCAUCUUGGAGGCUAUGUGUUUGGGAGUGCCUGUGAUAGCCAGGAACAUUGCCAGCAAUGCUGCUAUCAUCACACACAAGGAGACAGGACUGCUCUACAACAGUCCAGAGUUUGCAUAG